AUGGCCCAUGCUGGGUCUUAUGGAAUCGACAGUGGCGGAAUUGGCGGAAGCUACCACUCGUCUCUUACUCCGCAAUUCCUCAUCGGCAUCUUCAACCAUGUAAUCGAUGAGGAGUUGAAUCUCGAGAACAUUGCGAGAGAAACCAGAGCCUGCAAGAUUGACUUUGGAUUCUAUGCAUCGGCCAGCGAUUCUACGGCUAGCAUCUAUGUCGACGUUGAUGGGAAACCUACAGCGACGUACAACACCACCCAGGUUGACAUUGCAGGAUGGCAUGCUGCCCAAAAACGACGGCCACAAAGUCAUACAAUGGCCGAAGUAAACACUGCAGCUGAGAGUUCACACGGGCUGCAAUCUCUGAUUGACAAGCUACCUGGAAUCGCAAAGUCUAUCGACUGGGAUGCUCCGGCGGACAACGGAAGAGCCACGGUAGCUGAAUGGGUUGGCUCUGUGAAGUGGCCAUUUCCCGCCACAUCCCCUAACACCGUCGCCGGUAUUGCCGGUAUUGCCAGUCAUUUGAUUGCCCGAGGCUACUCCGUGAGCUACGAAGCUUGCGGGAACGCUAUUUGCGACGGCUGUGGCACAAUCAUCAUGUUCUCUUUUGGCUUGAUUGGCAAAAGAGGCUCCGAUGGAUUGGAUGCCUCCAAAGACUGGGCGAGCGCCGUUGGAACACUUGACCAGGAGCGUGCGUCUAGUCUGUUCAUCUUCCACUCUUUGCGCACAACAUCUCGGCCUACCAUGAAGGCCUUUCGUUUCCUCGGCCCCGACAAAGGCCUUGUCCUCCAGGACGUUCCCAUUCCGUCCCCGAGCCCCGCACAGGCCCUCAUCCGCGUCAAAGCCGCCGGGUUGUGCCACUCCGACACCCACGUCCUCCACGGCGGCGGCGCAGCGUGGAUGUGCGCGCUGCCCGUAACGUUAGGCCACGAGGUCUCUGGCAUCGUUACGGAGCUAGGCGACUCUUCAAAUACAUCAUUCAAAGUCGGUGAUCGGGUAGCUGUCGCCUGUGUGGGCCACCCGAUCCAAGAGAGAAACUUUCAGGAAGCUCUGGGUGUAGGCUGCGACGGCGGAUACGCUGAAUAUGCUCUCGCUCCCGUUAAGAAUCUCAUCAAGAUUCCGGAGCAGGUUGGGUUUGCCGAGGCUGCUGUGGCUACCGAUUCCGUUGCCACUGCCUACCACGCCGUCGUCGCCGAGGGCCGGGUGUCCAAGUCGCACAUGGUUGCUGUCAUUGGUCUAGGCGGUUUGGGGCUGAACGGACUGGCGAUUGCCGCACACCGCGGUGCUAGAGUGUUUGGCGUCGAUAUCAACACAGACAAGUUUGAACAGGCCAAUGAAUUCGGCGCCGUCAACUGUGCCAGAGAUUUGAGAAUAUUCUCAGAGGAGACGUUCGAUGUAAUCUUGGACUUUGCAGGAGCUCAGAAGACGGUUGAGGCUGCGAUAUCCUCGGUGAGACCUGGCGGAUGCGUGGUGUUAGUGGGGCUUGCGGCCCAGAGCGUGCAAAUCACGACCACAGCGAUUGUCACGCAGAAUGUCUCGCUCAAAGGCUCGACGAGCGCUAGCAUUCAGGAGUUUAGAGAAGUGUUGGACUUGAUCGCAUCAGGAUCCAUAAAACCAUCCACGAAGGAGAUUCUAUUCGAGGAUAUCGAGAAGGGACUUGAGUUAUUGGGUAAUGGAAAUGUCAACGGACGUCUGUACACUGUUCCUUAA